AUGGCGUCCAUCAGAUGGCUUUUAUGGGUGCAAGAAGAGCACUUCCGACUUACGGGGAAACAGAUGUACAUCAGACAUGCCUUAAACGAGGGAGAAUUCAACUUGGCCGGAACGAAAUACUUACUGGACGGCUAUUGCGCCGAAACAAACACGGCCUAUGAAUUUCACGGUUGUUUCUGGCACGGAUGCCCCCUUUGUUACCCCCAACAGAGACGAAAAAACAAACACGUCAGAACCGACCAAUCCAUGGAUGAACUUUUGGCCUUGACAUUUAAAAAGAAAAAAUACAUAGAAUCGCUGGGCAUGAAUUAUGUAGAAAUUUGGGAACACGAUUUUUAUAAGCUACUGGCCAGAAAUGAUUCCGCACGUCGCUUCAUCGAAUCUCUAGAUAUACAAGAACGUCUGAAUCCUCGAGAAUCCUUUUUCGGUGGCAGAACAAACGCCGUCAAACUGCAUUACAAAGUGAAAGAUGGAGAGAAAAUACAUUACCUGGAUUUCUGUUCUCUGUACCCUUCUGUCAAUAAAUAUGCCAGGUACCCCAUCAAGGAACCAACCAUCAUCACCAACAAUUUAAAGGACAUUCGUUCUUAUUUCGGCAUGGUCAAAGUGAAAGUGUUACCCCCCAGGAAACUUUACCAUCCCGUUUUGCCUCAGAAGAUUAAUGGAAAGCUUACCUUUGCCCUGUGCCGAACUUGUGCUGAAGUUCAAAGGCAGACCACUUGUGCAUGCAGAGACGAAGACAGGUCCUUUGUAGGAGUAUUUUGUACGCCGGAGAUCGAGAAAGCAUUAGAAUGCGGUUAUCUCGUACAAAAGAUCUAUGAGGUCUACCAUUGGGAAGAGUCUACACAGUUUGACUUAUCGACGGGAGAAGGGGACAUUUUUGGAGAAUAUAUCAACCUUUUUCUAAAGAUCAAGCAGGAAGCUAGCGGAUGGCCUUCUUGGGUUAAGGACGAGGAAGAUGCCAUGCACUAUCUCAGGCAGUAUCUAGAGAGAGAGGGCAUAAAACUCGACAGACAGAACAUUACAAAAAAUCCGGCACUACGUGCCAUUGCCAAACUACUCUUGAACUCUUUUUGGGGUAAAUUCGGACAACGUUUUAACAUGCCUCAGAGCACGUUUUUUCACGAAAACGAGGCUGACAAAUUCUUCCAGUUCGUGUCCGACCCGGGUAAGGAGCUCAGAGAUUUUCACAUCGUGUCCAAAAACGUGUUACAGUUGUCUUGGGAACACAAAGACGUGAACACGAGAGAGGACUAUCAAACCAACAUCUUUGUGGCCAGUUUCACCACCUGUUGGGCUCGCCUGAAAUUGUACGUCCUGCAAAUGCUGGACCAGCGUGUCCUGUAUUUUGAUACGGAUUCCGUCAUAUUUGUCAGUAAACCCGGGGAUGCCGAACCCCAAGUCGGGUCUUUUCUGGGUCAAUUGACGAGCGAGCUGAAACCGGGAGAGUAUAUCAACGAAUUCGUCUCUGGAGGUCCCAAGAAUUAUGCGUAUAGAACGUCCAGUGGAACAGAAGUGUGUAAAAUCCGAGGCUUCUCGCUCAACCACGCCAAUGCCCGUGUACUGAACUUUAGAUCGAUGAUAGAGAUGGUUGUGCGACCUAGAGACAUGUCGAAUGACACCCUUAGUGUCGUGAAUCGGAACAAAAUUAACAGAUUAAAACGAAAGAGGAUCAUUUAUAGUAGACCAGAACGCAAGGACUAUAAAAUCGUGUACAGUAAACGAGUGAUUCAGGGGGACACUCUCGACACUCUACCGUACGGAUAUUGA